AUGACAUCAUCUUUUCUGGUUUUUCCUUCAAAACCAACUGGAAAUAAUCGUCGUAUUGAACUAGCCGGUUUCGAUCUUUGGACGAAUGGACGUAUCGAUAAUGUAUUUGUUUAUCCAUCUGAAAUAAAUAUUGAUCAAUUCAAAGAAGCACUCAGCCGUACUUCGUCAUUAUGGCCAUUAGUUGCUGGUCGUGUUCGUUUAGAGGAUGAUGAACGUUAUAUGAUUGAAAUGUCUGACAAUCCUAUUACAGUAACAUUAGUCAUUAAUAAUGAUUUAAAUAAGUGGCCCCUUGACUCAAAUGUAAUAGUAGAAUUAAAUCAAAAUCCACUUCCAGCAUUUCUUGACGAAAUUCAAGUGACAAAAGUGUUCGAUAAAUCACAAGAUGAACCACUUGUUCGUAUAAAACUAACUCAUCUUAUACAAAGUGGUGAAUGGGUAUUAGGUGUUAGUUGGUCACAUGUAUUAGGUGAUGCUGCUGCAUUUUUACAUUUUUCAAAUACACUUUCCUGUUUUUAUCUACAAAUGGAACCACGUGGACCAUUACCAAUAUUUGAACGGCGUUUAUGGCGAGAAGAUGAAGCCGAUCAAUCAUUUUUACCUCUCAUGAAACAACAACAUGAUUCUAAACCUACAGCAGAAAUUAUAAAAGCAUUUCUUGAUGAUCAAAUAACAUAUGAUCCAGUUAAUCUUCAUUUUUCUGGUAAACAACUAUCUAAAUUAAGAAUAUUAGCUGGUGGGAAUAAUGUAACAAUUCAAGAUUCACUAACAGCUUAUAUUAUUCUUACACUUAAUACAUAUUGUUAUUCCAAUAAUGAUGAACGUCGUAUUUUACGUACAAAUACAGCUGUUAAUUAUCGUGGUGUAUCUGAUGAAAUUGCUUCAAAAGGUCAAGUUUCUAAUGCUGUAUUGAUGAUGUUAUCAGAUAAUUUUGAUGAUCCAUAUUCAUUAUCAAAUAUUGCAACAACAAUACGUGGAUCGAUCAAGAAAUCUCGUGAUUCAAAAUUUCUCGAAGCUUGGAUAGCUACUGCUGAUGGAUUAAUGAGAAAAAAUAUUAAAGAUGAUAAAUCAAUUGAUAUGGGAAUUUUUUCAAAUGAAAUUGUAGUUAAUUCAAAUUUAAGAUAUGAUUGGGCAAGUUUAGUUGAUUUUGGUUAUACAGAUAAAUGUCGAUUUUAUACAGCUUGGACAGGUGCAUUAUAUUUACGAAUAUAUCGUCUUAAUCCAGAAAAAAAUGGAAAUGAAUGGUUACCAAGAGAUCAAGAUGGCGCUGAAGUAUCAUUUCGAAUGGAAAAAGAUUUAAAAGAAAAAUUUGUUGAUGCAUGGAAACGAGAUAUUAUUGAACAUUUUGAAAAUGUCAGGAAAUAG